AUGGCCUCGACUUCACAAUCUGUCGUGUCCCUCCCGGUCGUACUUACGACGCGGACACAAUAUCCCCUUCCUAGUCAAAAAAUCAUGAUUCCUUCCACAUGGAAACGCUACCAGCUAUCUCAGCUAGUGAACAAGACUUUGUCGCUGCCAAGGGUUGUGCCAUUUGAUUUUUUGAUUCAUGGGGAGAUAUUGAAGGGCAGCUUAGGCGAGUGGUGUGCGGAGAAGGGAUUGGGGGUGGAACAAACUCUUGAAAUUGAGUAUAUCGAGUCGAUCAUGCCUCCCCAGCAAAUGUCCUCGAUCCCACACGAAGAUUGGGUGUCGUCGAUAUCAUGCCAGCUCCCAGGACAUUUUCUGACAGCUUCCUACGAUGGAAAUCUCCGUAUUUUCGACUACUCUCAAAAGCUGCUACAUAGCGCUGCCGUCCAUGCUGCCCCCAUCACCUCAUUCUGCCUCAUUCCCAGCGCAUCCCAAUCGCCUUCAGAGCGCCUCCUCGCAACAGCCUCACACGAUCUGACAGCUACUUUGACGCGUCUCACAACUCCAGAGGCCUCCAACCCGAGCACACAAGCUCUUGCAACCCUCCAUCUGCACACUGCGCCGCUGAUAUCGAUAUCAUCUCAUCAUGCUGGCACGCAGCUGCUUACUGCCUCUCAAGAUGGUUUUAUUGGCCUCUGGGAUAUAAUCGUACCAGAAAACGACGAAGUGCCGCUAGCACAGGUCGAGUCCGCAGAGCGGAAGAAGCGGAGACGGGUCGGCGAUGCUCAAAAACCGAAGCGCAAAGCACCACAGGCUGUACUCAAAUCACAUACAGCGCGUGUGUCAAAAGCCCUAUUCGCGUAUGAAGAGGGAAAAGCAGUAAGCAGUGGGUGGGACUCUACAAUUAAGGAAUGGGACCUCGAACUUGGGAUCUGUAUCCAUACAAUCACCGCUUCUGAAAAACCAUUUACGUCUCUUGCACUUCCAGCGCCGCAAUCGCAUCCCAAAACUGCAAUUGCAUCUUCAACAGACCGUACAACGACCCUCUUCGAUUUACGCAGCACCGCCUCCACGUCCUCCUCUCUCUCUUUUAUGCACCCGUCGACACCAUCUUGUCUAGCGUUCGCACCCUCCGCCGGCUCGCAACAGUUUGUGAGUGGGGCGUACGACGGCGUCGUCAGACUUUGGGAUCUGAGAAGCGCCGGGCGGGAAAUGGCAAGCUUCAAGGUCUGGGGCGGCACGAAGAAGGUUCUAGACGUAGAUUGGGUGGAGGAUGUUAUUGGCAUUGCUGGCGAAGGUGGCGUGGAGGUUUGGAGGGUGUCAGAAGAUGGUAGUGCAGCACAAUGA